GGGGCCACGCACUCCAGCCAACCCCGGGAGAAAAUGUCUGGAAUUCCGUUUCCGCUUUAGGGAGUGGACAGCAGUUUUCCUUUUGAUUUUUUUCCUCCAAACUUUGACUUUCUAACAAACUUUCAUUUCCACGUCAACUCGGACAGUUUUGCGUUAACUGUCCCGGAUUAAGCUGUUCCGACCAUGGCCUCCUCGCCUCAGAAGUCUCCUUCGUCUCCGAAAUCUCCGACGCCCAAAUCUCCGUCUUCCAGAAAGAAAGAUGACUCUUUUCUUGGGAAACUUGGUGGAACUUUGGCGAGAAGGAAAAAAGCUAAAGAAGUGUCUGAGCUGCAGGAGGAGGGGAUAAACGCCAUCAACCUUCCUCUCAGCCCUUCUCACUAUGAGCUGGACCCUGAGGACACCAUGCUCGAGGAGAAUGAGGUGCGCACCAUGGUGGACCCAAACUCCAAGAACGACCGCAAACUGCAGGAGCUCAUGAAGGUGCUGAUCGACUGGAUAAAUGAUGUUCUGGUGGGUGAGAGGAUCAUUGUUAAGGAUCUGGCUGAAGAUCUGUAUGAUGGACAGGUUCUGCAGAAGCUGUUCGAAAAGCUGGAAGGCGAGAAGCUGAACGUGGCCGAGGUGACCCAAUCAGAGAUCGCCCAGAAACAGAAGCUGCAGACGGUUUUAGAGCGCAUCAACGAGUCUCUCAAACUCUCCACCAGGAACAUUCGCUGGAAUGUCGACUCGGUUCAUGCUAAGAGCAUAGUUGCCAUCCUGCACCUGCUGGUGGCGCUGUCACAACACUUCAGAGCACCGAUCAGAUUGCCGGACCACGUCUCUAUUCAAGUAGUUGUCGUCCAGAAAAGAGAGGGCAUCCUUCAGUCGAGGCAAAUCCAAGAGGAAAUCACAGGCAACACAGAGGCGUUCUCCGGCAGACAUGAGCGCGACGCUUUCGACACCCUGUUUGACCACGCCCCCGAUAAGCUGAGCGUUGUCAAAAAGACGCUGAUCACAUUUGUGAACAAACACCUGAACAAGCUCAACCUGGAGGUGUCUGAGUUGGACACGCAGUUUGCAGAUGGAGUUUAUCUGGUGCUGCUGAUGGGGCUGCUGGAAGGAUACUUUGUGCCACUCUACAACUUCUUCCUCACACCAGAGAAUUUUGACCAAAAGGUUCACAAUGUGUCCUUCUCCUUUGAGCUGAUGCAGGAUGGAGGCUUGGAGAGACCGAAGCCCCGGCCUGAGGAUAUUGUGAACUGUGACCUCAAAUCGACACUGCGGGUCCUCUAUAACCUCUUCUCCAGGUACAGGAACGUAGAGUGAGCAUCACGAGGGAACGCUACAGAACACGGACCACGUUCUAAAGCUUAAUACAUUUUUCCUUGUAUUGCUAUAGAAACUGUUUUUACCUGAGUGCAUGCAUCACGUUUUGCCUGUUUUUGACAUUUCUGACUCUACAAUAUGAAUUGAACAUUGAACUAAAUGAGAGCUGAAGUUGGUGUUUGAUAUGGAGGAAAUUCGCAGAGGUAAUUCUAUGAGGUGGAUUUGUAUGUUUUUAAUUCAGAAAAGAAAACAUUUAACUGUAUUUAUUGUAGAUUUUGAUACACUGCUUGGUUUGUUUCAUUCAUAUUCCUGUUUUAUGAUGUUUGGUAAGUGCCUUUAUUUAAACAUGAGAACACUGUCAGCUCUUAAUUCCCGGCGGUCUUAACGAGUCUUUUAAAAGCAUCGAGGAACAUUUUGACCAAAGCUCUGUUUGGCUCAGCAGCUGCUCACAUUCCUGCAUUUUAUAUUGUAAAAUGUAUCUUAGUAUAAAUGCAUAAACAUUAAUAACGCUCACAUUUUUUUUAGGGUUUCACAUGUUUCCAUAAGACCAGUUAAAUAUGACUGAAUAUAUUAAAUGUAUGUUGUAUUCUACUUUCAAGCCAAUCUCAUGUCCGUGCGGACACGCUCGCUAUAAUGCAUCUAUUUAUGUUUUUAAUGCAUUACAUUCAAUAAAUGCUUCAG